AUGCACCGCAUAUUAGUGAGCCGUUCACUGCAGGUUUUAUCCACCCAUGAGUGUCACGUAGCUCAUCUUCUCCGUCGGACUGUGUCUUCAUCGCUACCGGAUGGUGUGUCUUCACUUACAAUGCCGUCAUUGUCUCCUACAAUGGAAACGGGAUCCCUUUCCACGUGGCUUAAGAAAGAAGGCGAUGAGAUUUCUCCAGGUGACGUUCUAUGUCAAAUCGAGACGGAUAAGGCUGUUGUUGACUAUGAAGUGCAGGAUGAUGCUGUGGUGGCCAAGAUUGUGUGUCCUGAAGGUACAGCCGACCUUCCUAUUGGUGCCUUGCUCGCUUACACUGUGGACGACCUAGACACAUACAAGAGUCUGUUGGACAGUGGAGCGCUUGCUAACUUACCAACAGAAGAUCAAGCAUCUAAUGUGGAGAUUGCAGUACCGGUGGCAGCUAAGAAGGAAGAGGAAAGAGAGGAGACUGGUCGCUCACCGCUCAUUAAAUUCUUGGGCAAGCGUACGCUCCUCCCUGAGUUCAAUGAUUCACCGAUUAAGGAAUUUGAAAAGUCUGUGGAUGCAGCUCAGCCAGAAACAGCUGUACCAGUUGUCUCCCAUACUAAUGAUGCUGACGCUGAGUUUAAGGACCUGCCACUGUCCAAUAUGCGCAAGGUUAUCGCCAAGCGCUUGAGUGCGUCCAAGAGAGACGUGCCUCACAGCUACACGAGUAUCAACUGCGAGAUUGAUAACAUUUUAAAGUUCCGCAAGCAGCUUAGUAUCAAACAUGAUGUCAAGGUUGGUAUGAACGACUUUAUCCUUAAGGCGGUCGCUCUAGCGUUGCGUGACGUACCGGAAGCCAAUUGUUUCUUUGAUGUCAAGACCCAAAGUGUGCAGAGAAACUCGUCGGUGGAUAUUUCAGUAGCUGUAGCCGCUCCAUCGGGUCUCAUCACCCCUAUUGUGCCGAAGGUGGAGACCCUCGGUCUGAGCGGCGUCAACCGCAUAUUUAUGGAGCUCGUGUCGCGCGCGCGUCUGAACAAGCUGAAGCCGGAGGAGUUUCAGGGCGGGUCGUUCACUGUGUCGAACCUUGGCAGCUUUGGCAUCGAGCAGUUCCGAGCUGUGAUUAAUCCACCGCAAGCUUGCAUUUUGGCCAUCGGUGGCGGACGCAGAGAGGUAUUACCGCCUCUGGAAAUCGUGGAGGGUGUGAACCCGAAACCGCGUAUUGCUACCCUCAUGAACGUGACGUUAUCGUCGGACCGUCGCGUCGUUGACGGUGUCAUUGCUGGCCAGUUUUUGCAAGUAUUCAAAAGUUACAUGGAGAGCCCGGAACUCAUGGUCCUGUAA